AUGAGCCUGCCAUCCCCGGCAGGGUUGUCCGCCAUCGAGAUUGAGGACGCGCACACACCGAUACCCCUUGAAGGAUUCCCGGGGGGCAGCCCGACCGGGGAGGUCAACGGCACCCCGGGGCGACCGCACCGGGAGCGGAACCACUUGGGGGGGGGCUUCGUGACGCUCAAGCGGAAGGGAGCGAGAGACGUCGUGCGGCAAGCGCACGCCCGGUCGGCGUCCGCGGGAUCCGUCGGCGUCAAGCCGGCCGGCAGCUGCCGCACGUGUGGCGAAGGGGGCACCCCGGUGACUUGCUCGGAAUUUUUCCAGGGCGACGGCGGCGGCCGCCGCGGCGGCAACUGCAGCUACGAUGAACGCGACCACGUCCACGACUUAGAAGCGGACGAGCCGCUGGGUCCGCCGUCGCCGAUGCCGUUUCGAAGACCGAGCAGGAGCGGGAGCGGCAGCUGCAGCGGCAGGCGGGGCAGCGGUAGGCCUGGCUUCGCCGCCGCGGCCGUCGCUUCACUCGAGGACGCGGCGCAGCGAAUCGCCGUAGACCCAGACUCGGGACGCUCGUACUUCGUGGAGCGCUCCACCGUCUGCGACGCGUGUCCCUACUGCGAGGACACGUGCGAGGUGGCGUGGUGCAACGGCUGCGACGAGACCAGGAUGCACCUGGAGGAAGCGUACGGGAAGAUUAUGCUGUCCGCGGCGGAGGUAGCGGGGGCAGGCGCGAGGCACGGCGGCGAAACCGGCGCUGAGAACGGCGGCGGUAGCAGGCUGAAGCUGGCCCCCGUGCUCUCCCGACGGUACCCCCGAAAGUCGAGCUACACGCUCUGCGAGGUGCGCCGCCGGAAUAUCACGGGCGCCUGUUGGGUGGUGUCCCAGGGCUCGGUGUACGACGUCACCGCCGCCCUCCCGGACCACCCGGGGGGGAAGAGGUCCGUGCUCAAGAACGCCGGCGGGAGAGACUGUGCCGAGGACUUCUUCUUCCACUCCAGGGCCGCCAAGAAGCAGUGGCGGCAAUACCGCAUCGGCAGCCUCGUCGCGUGCCGGGGGGGGGAGGAGGACGGGACGGGGGAGACAGCCGGCGGCGAGAGGUCGAUGCGGAUCACGAGCGAUUGCGUGAUCAGCUGAGCACGUUGUUGCACGCCGCCGCCGCGGAUCGUACAAGCACCGCUGUGUCGCUCUCCCUGGUCCACCUUGCUGUUCAUAAUUAAUUGGCCAUGCCGCUCAUGCUCCUACGGCGCACGCUGUCUGGAUUUUGUGAACGGUUCGUCGGAGAUCGGUUUCGUUUUGUACAUUUUGGAGUCCCUUCUAUUCUUGUCCCACGGUUUGACAUAAUCUCUUUACAAGGGUGUUGUUGUUCUUCGUUGUGGAGUGUUAGAGCAAGAUUGCCGGAGUGUUUUGAGAUACCCGCAGGGCCGGCUGAUCCUGUACGCGUUAAACACGCGAGACGUGUGGUUGUAGUGCAAGAUCGUUUUCACACGGGAGUGUCUAGAGGAGAGAGGGCGUAUUUGACGGCAUGACGCAACCGCCGUGCGGCGAACACAUUGGAAAACUUGCGCCGGAAAUCAACGGCCAGCAAGCGGUAGUACCGGUGUUGGGCACUACACUAAACGGUGUUCCGUCCCGUCGUGUAGCUUAGCAAGUUAUUUCGGGUGUAUUGACAUGGUAAGGCACUUUUGGUGUGACGCUGUUGAUCUUACAACGGAAGCGAGGAUUUGUUUGGUGUCCGGGUGUUGUAUGCGCAUGUUCUUCGUGCGGUUGCAACAGGGGGUCUGUGAGAUAGGUUUUGACACAAUGCUGUUGAUCCAGAACGUUGUUGCAGAGGCAGCAAGGAAGGGGUCUGUGCAACAGACUCUUGAUACGCCACUCAGCUGCUGCUGUGUGAACGAGGUAGUUCCACGUAUAUAUUCUUUCGCACCAGCCCCCCCCGAAGCGGGCUAACAAGGGUCUGGUCCGGGUCUCUCUCUGGGUUACGAAUGAUGCCGGAGAAAGCGUUCAGCAUGAUGCGCUGCGUAUGAAGGUUCGGCACCCUUUUUUUGGACCGGACAUCGUGAGCGUGCGUUCCGUGGUAAGUCACGGUGUACCUAGGUACAGACUUCGUGUCGCCGGGAGCGCUUCGAUCCGAGAAGACGGGUUGUGCUCGACACCUGCUUGUGUAUAUGGGGUAAAUUUAUUGGGUAUGCUUGGUUGUUCCCUUCUGUCUGAUGUAGUGCUGGUCGUUGUGUCCUUUUGGCUAGACCUUGCGAAUGGGCCAGGUUGUGGCGGUGACGGUGACGACUUGUGUUAUGAGUAAUUUCCCCCAAUGAUUCUUUUAAACGGCGAUAGCUUCUGUGUUGGAUCCGCCCUGGUUUUCUAUGCCACACUUUGUUUUUUUUCAUGUUUUAUCUACUUCUAUAUUUGUCUGGUCCUUCGAAGCGUUGUUGUUAGAACGACGAGAAUCCCUCUGUUUUCAUCUCCGCCAAGCUAGCGGCAGCGCGUUGUUCUGUAGGACCAAGCGCUACUUUUCGGCGAGUUGUGUUGAGGGCUAUGUAUGCGACUUACAUUGCUGCGUAGCCACGGCGGAGCACGGUGCCGCUAUGUACGACACUCUCAGACUCAAAAGUACGUAUGUUUGGAUUUUUUCAGGUCAGACUUAAAUGCCCCCCGAGACAAGUGCAAUAGUAAACGACAGUACUGUAGUCGGUGCGUGUUUCGCGGGUUCCAACGUUUAAAAAGCCAACGGCCGCGUUGAUACAGUGUAGAAUUGGUAGUUGCAUACAUGUGUAAAACAGGUUGGUGCAACAUGGUUCAGUUCGAAUGAAAUUGGUUAUGCGUAUGUAUGCGUACGUACAUCUGUAGAACGGGUUAAUUCAACAUGCUUGUGUUCGACUGAAAGUGAUAUAUGCGCACGUACCUAGAAUGG